CCUGAAAAGAAAAUGCUAAAAUACUUCAUUGUGAGGCUAAAUAUAAGGGCUGGACAUGCAGAUAAGUGAAAGUCAGAUACUGAUCUCGGGACUGAUAGGGUUAAUCAUGUUCUGAUGCUGUUGCUCUUGGUGUGAGAUUACGCCCCACAUCUCUAUAAAACAUCAGCUGAAUCUCUACUUGUAGACAUAUGACUGUAGGUCCCCAACUCAGCAGGCAGGCAAAGAGUAUGGAUGAUCUCUAUUCUAGCUCCCAGAAGGCUGUGAUUUUGGGCUCCUGAGUGGCGCAGCGGUCUAAGGCUCUGCAUCUCAGUGCAAGAGGCGUCACGCAGUCCCUGGUUCAAAUUCAGGCUGCAUCACAUCCGGCUGUGAUUGGGCGGCGCACAAUUGGCCUAGCGUCGUCCAGGAUUGGCGGGGACUUUAGAAGACUGCUGCAGCCCGUCCAUCUUUUGGUGGAUUCCCCUCCUGGUGGACUUAAAGUGAUGGAGAAGCCUGAUGAUGAGGGGUCACCAGGUGCAACAGGUGGUGAAGGGGAUGGAAGAGACACCACACCAGUUCACAGCACUGGUACUCCUGAUGGCAUUGCAGCACUAGGAGCUAUGCUACAGGGCUUCAUGUUGGUUCAACAGCAGCAACAGCAGUCAAUGCAAACAAUGCAGCAACAGAUGCAGCAGCAGAUCAGCCAGCUACAGGAGGAGGUGCAGAACGGAAAGACAAAGCAACUGUGUGUUGUGACCCCUCUGCCAGCAGCAAACCCAGACACUUUGACAAGACCAGCUCCUCAGUCCCUAGACCCAGCAGAGGAGGUAUUAGCUGAACACCUUGACAAGAAGGAGGAGGAAGCAGAGAGGGAAUUUGAAGAGAAAGAGCCAGUGACAAAAGCCAGACAGUCGAAACCAAAGAAGGAGGAUUCCUCAGGAGAAACAACCAAAGAAGAAGAUCCAGUUACCUUGACUACACAAGUGCCUACCUCUCCAGGGAAGUUGGCCCAGAACAGGUUGCAGCGUUUUCAGGACGCUGUUCCUGUUCCAUUUCAUGUCCGUCAACAAUUAAAACCUUCACUCUCUGUACCUGAUUCUCAUCUCCUGCGUCGUUGCUUACAAAGAAAAGGCCCACCAGAGGAGGUAUCAUGUACUCAUGUUGGCAAGAAUGAGGAGAGGGCAGAGAGGAUUGCGGCUCCAUCUCCUUCCAAACCAGAGAAGGGCUUGGGAGAGUAUAUUCACCAGGAAAAACAGGAAGAACUAAAGAAAUUUGAAGAGAAAGAGCCAGUGACAAAUGCCAGAGAUAAGUCGAAACCAAAGAAGGAGGAUUCCUCAGGAGAAACAACCAAAGAAGAAGAUCCAGUUACCUUGACUACACAAGUGCCUACCUCUCCAGGGAAGUUGGCCCAGAACAGGUUGCAGCGUUUUCAGGACGCUGUUCCUGUUCCAUUUCAUGUCCGUCAACAAUUAAAACCUUCACUCUCUGUACCUGAUUCUCAUCUCCUGCGUCGUUGCUUACAAAGAAAAGGCCCACCAGAGGAGGUAUCAUGUACUCAUGUUGGCAAGAAUGAGGAGAGGGCAGAGAGGAUUGCGGCUCCAUCUCCUUCCAAACCAGAGAAGGGCUUGGGAGAGUAUAUUCACCAGGAAAAACAGGAAGAACUAAAGAAAUUUGAAGAGAAAGAGCCAGUGACAAAUGCCAGAGAUAAGUCGAAACCAAAGAAGGAGGAUUCCUCAGGAGAAACAACCAAAGAAGAAGAUCCAGUUACCUUGACUACACAAGUGCCUACCUCUCCAGGGAAGUUGGCCCAGAACAGGUUGCAGCGUUUUCAGGACGCUGUUCCUGUUCCAUUUCAUGUCCGUCAACAAUUAAAACCUUCACUCUCUGUACCUGAUUCUCAUCUCCUGCGUCGUUGCUUACAAAGAAAAGGCCCACCAGAGGAGGUAUCAUGUACUCAUGUUGGCAAGAAUGAGGAGAGGGCAGAGAGGAUUGCGGCUCCAUCUCCUUCCAAACCAGAGAAGGGCUUGGGAGAGUAUAUUCACCAGGAAAAACAGGAAGAACUAAAGAAAUUUGAAGAGAAAGAGCCAGUGACAAAUGCCAGAGAUAAGUCGAAACCAAAGAAGGAGGAUUCCUCAGGAGAAACAACCAAAGGAUCCUGUCUCAGGGAGCUGUUAUCAAAGACUGGACUAGAAGAUCAUUAUGAAAACAAGCUGACGUUAAGUACUGUCCUUGAGAUAAAUGCUAAUACUACAUCAGAUGAACCUCUUACCACUAUGCAGUCACUUCCAGGGGCCUUCCUUAAGAAAUUAAUGAUGGCAAAUGUGAAUGCUAGGAGUGUCAAAUGUCUGACCACUGACCAGUAUGUUUCCUAUUAUGGUGUAGGCAACCUGGACACUGACACUGAUAACAGUAAUGUAAUUAAUCCACUGGACCUGAUUACAGCCCUGUUUCUGUGUUCAGAUGGUUUCUUGCAACAGGAGUUGGUCCAGAAAAUGUCCAUGUGUCAGUUUGCUGUUCCUCUGCUGCUGCCCAACUGUGACACAAAACAAAGCACAUUGAUACUGUGGGCCUUGAGGGACAUAGUGAGGAAGUUUAGACCCUCUUCCCAAAUGGCCACAAAUGCUUUUGUGGAGGACAGAAUUGUUGUCUCUGAUAUUCCUAUGGUGUCCUUUGUUAGGCUAGGAGAGAGCAGCUUGUCCAAGUCUCAGAUUUUGAACAAGUUGCUUAGUAACACUCAACAGUACCAUGACAGUUUUGUUCAUCAUGAUAUGGAAUGUGGCGAUGUCCCUUUGCAAAUCUCAAAUGGAUUGGUUGAAAUCAGCUGGUACUUUCCAUCUGGGAACAGAAACAUAGACAUGUUCACAGAGCCUGUGGCAGUGGCCAAUCUCAGAGGAGACAUCAGGUCCUUUGAAACACAGUUCUCUUUUCUGUGUCAAACAUCAGCUGCAGUAUACAUUUUCAUUGAUGAUUUUGAGUCAGAUUUCAAGGUUUUGGAAGGCAAAAUCACAAAAGCAGAGUUAUUUCUGGUUGUCAACUCUCAGAAAAAAACAUUCAGGGUCGACACAUUGAAGAAAAUGAUCACAAAUUACAGAAUCAACCCAACAAAUGUGAUUGUGAAGAAGAAGCAGAAUGAUGCAGAAUUUGUUAAAACCCUGCAGUCAUCUGUGGGUGACAACAUCAAAAAAAUAAAAAACAGAUUGACAAUUGAAAACAUGGCUGACGUGGCUCAUCAGUUUGGGAUUCUGGUUGAUGAAGACAGUGAUGAGUGUCAGAGUGCCAGGAAGAUGGCAGAUGAAAUCACCAGGAACAUCAAAGACACAAUUAAAUUCAAAGACAAACAGCUACCCUUACAAGGGCAAAUCUGGAAAGAGAUUUCCCAGUUGGAGAAAGAGAGAUGUAGACUGAGGAAAGCAGGGGAACAAAACAUUGAACACUACAAAAGCUCUCUGAAGAAAAAGGUGGAAGAGUUGAGAAAGAAGCAACGUAAAUGUGACAUGUCAGAUGCAAUGGCACGCUUCAUUUCUGGAAUGUCAAGAUCAGGACCUGAGCGAUCCUAUUUCCUCAAAUGGAUGCGGAUAAAUCUGGACAAUCUGUCACGUCAGAACCUGUCUGCUUUGCGGGACCGGUACAAAGAUCUUUGCCAAAAUUCUCCAGAGAAAAAAGACAAAAUUAAAGAUUUGGAUAAGCAAUUAUCUGACUGUUCCUUGGGUCUUGAACACUUCCUGCGUGAGUUGGGUCAAUUAUAUGAAGCUGCCUGCUCCCUCCCUGAAAGUGGCCUACAAAGGAAUCAGAUGAAGCAUCUCCCUGGAUUGUGUGCUCAGAUGCUGUUGGAUGGUUUCCCCAUUGAGCUUGUGGAUGGAGAUGCAUCAAAUAUCCCUCUGAAAUGGAUGUCAGCUGUACUGACUCAGCUUCAUACUCUUGUCCAAUCCAACAGCAAGAUCCGGGUGGUCACAGUUUUAGGGGUCCAAAGCACAGGGAAGUCCACUCUCCUCAACACCAUGUUUGGUGUCCAGUUUGCUGUCAGCAGUGGAAGAUGCACCAGAGGGGCCUUCAUGCUGCUGAUUAAAGUCAACAAAGAACUCAAGGAGGAGUUGAAAUGUGACUUCAUCAUGAUCAUUGACACAGAGGGGUUGAAAUCACCAGCGCUAUCUCAACUAGAUGAUAGCUAUGAACAUGACAAUGAACUGGCCACACUGGUGAUAGGACUCAGUGAUGUCACUAUCAUCAACAUUGCCAUGGAGAACUCCACAGAGAUGAAAGACAUUCUGCAGAUUGUUGUUCAUGCUUUUAUCAGGAUGAAGGAAGUGGGGAAGAAGCCAAUAUGUCAUUUUAUGCACCAGAAUGUGUCAGACAUGUCUGCUCAUGACAACAACAUGAGAGACAGAAAGAAGUUGUUGGAACAGUUGAAUGAAAUGACCCAGGCAGCAGCCAGAAUGGAGAAGAAGGAGAAUAUCACCAAGUUCACUGAUGUGAUGGAGUAUGAUCCAGACACAAGCAGCUGCUAUAUCCCAGGACUCUGGCAUGGGACUCCCCCUAUGGCUCCAGUCAAUGCUGGCUACAGUGAGGCUGUGUACGGCUUCAAGAAGACCUUGAUGAAAGAUUUCAGAAAAUGCCAAAGUAAUGAUGACUUGACAGGUUUCUUGAAGUGGACACAAAGCUUGUGGGAGGCAGUGAAAUUUGAGAAAUUUAUCUUUAGUUUCAGAAACAGCUUGGUUGCGGAUGCAUACUCCAGAUUAUGCUCUGAGUACAAUGAUUGGGAAUGGGCCUUCCAGAAGGAGAUGUAUAAAUGGAUGGUGAGUGCUGAAACUAAAAUGUCCAAUAUUGUCAUGACAGAUCAACAUCUCCAGAGGUCCAUAAGAGAUGUGCUACAAGACUUAAUGAUAGAAGCAUCUGAGAAGCUAUCAUUGGGAGAAAAGAAAAUCCAAGACAAUCUAGUAAAAUACUUUGAAAAGCAAGAUGGCCAUGUCAAUCUUGUCGAAAAAUUCAAGGAGGACUUUGUGUCCAGUGCCAAAACGCUGAGAAAAGAGAUAGAAAACACAGUAAAGAACAAACUGCUAGGAGCUGUUGAAAUCAAAAAGGGAAUGACAGAACUGAACAACAUCAAGAGUUCUCAGACAAGUACAUUGGAGAGAAAGGUAGUAGAUCUGCUUCAGAAAUGUAGACAGAGAAAAUCUGGUCUAUCAGAUGAUGAGGCCCUCAGUAAAGAGUUUGAAAUCAUGUGGAGGAACACUCUGUCUGAGAUAACUUUCAAAGGUCUCCAAAGAAGAGAUGUGGCUCAAACUGCCUUCGUCAUGUUACGUGAUAAUCUGACAACGAGGGGGAGUGUUGUCAACAAGAUGUUGGUUGUAAACAUCUUGGUGGAUUGUGGGAGAAAAGCCUUUGUUUUGGAAUCAGAGAGUCGGUGGAAGCAGGUUAAAAACUUUGCAAAGCAUGGGUCUUCCGACUAUCACAGGAAAAAACUACAAGACCUCUGUGAUGACAUCAUGAGACAGUGUCAGGAGUUUGUAACCCAGAGGGUGAAAAGCAAAACUGAUUACUAUGACACUCACAUCAAAGAACUGCUUAGAAUAAUUGACAAAACAUUGCAACAACACACACAAGUUCAAGCCAGUGAGGAAUGUGAGGUUUCUCUCAAACAACACAUCUGUGGCAGAGCAGCCAUAGAGUUUCAGAAGAUGCAUGAUGAUUUUAUUGAAGUCAAUGACCCAAGAAAGUGUCUGGAACAGUCUAAGAACAAGUACCUUAAUGAGUUCAAAGACUUAUUUCAUAACCGAGAUCAGUGCCAAAAGAAAGCUGAGGAGUUCUCAAAGCUCUUACAGACAGCUGUACAGGACUAUGUGACCAAAAUGAUUGGUCCUGAUGUAGUUGAUGAAGUGAAGACUGGUAAAGGGUCAGAGGAUUACAGCACCCGAGGAGCUUUCCAGUUCUCCAUUUUGAAACAGCUCCUGACUGAUGGAAAAUAUGAGCAAUAUAGAGAAUACAUAAAGCAUUAUGAAAGGUUUGUGAAGGACUGGCUGUUUGACCAAAUUGUCCAACGACUUUCAAAGGACAACGGUCUGAAGAAACUAGAGAUAAAACAUCUGUCAAAGAUAGUCAAAAUCAUUAUUGCUGCCAUUUCAAAUGUCAGCAAUAAAACUACUGUAAAUAACAUCAAGAUGUUCAUUGGCAUUAUUUGCGAUGCUCUUGGAGAGAAGCUUGUCUUUCCUAAAGAUGCUCUGGAUUCCAUUCUGAUGCUCAUUCUUAAAGAUGCAAAUAAAGAACAGUUUGCUGACUACCUAACAGAUUGUGUGAGAGAAAUGGAACAGUCACUGGCAGCUGAGUACGAUAAGGGAGGAGACAUCAAAGAGAGACUCAGAUCUCUACCAUUCAAGCCUCAUGACGAGAUGUUUACCAGUCUGUUUGGCUGUGGAGAACAAUGUCCCUUCUGUGGUGUACCUUGUGAAGCAGGGGGGAUAAAGCACACCAAACACCAUUCCUCCAUUCACCGUUCAGAAGGUAUCAAUGGUUAUAGGUGGAGGUCUUCAAAUAAAUUAGUAAUAGAGAUAUGUUCAUCUCUUGUGGUUAGUGGCUGUAGAUUCUCCAACGCCAAGACUGGAGGAACAUUUCACCCCUACAAGGACUACCAGAAAUAUUACCCUGACUGGUUAAUAACUGGAGAUUCCAGCAUUGAGGCUUCAGACUACUGGAAGUACGUGAUGACCAAAUUCAAUGAGAGAAUCACUGAAGACAGAGGAAACUCAACACUUCCUGCAGAUAUCCCAGAGGACUGGAAGGCAUUUACACCUGGUGAUGCAUUGAAGAGCUUGAAAAGGUCAUUCAACAUGAAAUAAAGUGCACUACUAUAUAAUGACUUGCUGAACAAAAACAUGAUUGACUUUUCAUAGACUUAACAACGAAAUGACAUAUCACAGAAUCAUCAUAUGUAUAACCAGUUGUCUCAAUAAAGUUUUUGAAAUAAUGUGCAAAUCUGGCAAUACCCAAUGCAAUUUAGAAAAGAACAACCGCAGCAGGAAAAACACAUUUUCAGAUGCAUUAAUAAACUGUAUAAUUGUUAUGUAUGGUACGACGUGCUGUACGUCAUACUGUACGUUAUGGUUUACGACAGUGUGCUGCUUUACGGAUGAAUGGGUUGUCAGAAUGAGUGGCACCUGUCAUUAAACGAGAGAGUGAUGUACAAUGUGAAA